AUGGCCGAGCCAACCCGCCUGACCAUCAAGCGCCGAGCAACAGACGAUGCGCCGGACUUUCUCCUACUCCAAGGCGCCGGAGCAGCACAAAACGCGACACCGGUCCGCUACGUCAAGAGGGCGAAGAAUACAGCUACCGUAGACGGGCAGCAAGAAGCGCAGUUCCAGCAACCCACACCACUACCAACACAAUCAGAGCACGAGCGGCGCAAAGCGAAAGCACGAACGUUCUACUUGUCGAAGUCGCCCGCCAGCGAGUCUAAGAAGCGCAAAGGCAGAGAUGAGGGUGUUCCUACGUUCGUGGAGAGGAAGAGGAGCAAGCAGCAUGCCGCGGAAGAUGUACAUAACGAGGACGAAGUGAAAGUCGAGGAGCCAGCCAGCUCGCCUGAGCCGGUCGCUGCACUGCCGGUGUUCAAGCGGCCAGGGAAGGGUUCUGCGAUCAGAUAUGCUGAGGCCAAGGCAAAUGCGCCGGUCACGAAGCCGGAGACGGAAGCGGAGCAGAGAGAGCGUCAGGCACUGGCGGACUACAUCUACCAAGUGCAGCUGCAAGACGAGGAGUUUGAGCGCCAGCGUCAGCCGAAGGUGCAAGAUGCUGUCGCGCCGCAGAAGCCCAUCAUCGCUCAAUCGAAGUCGACUAUCGCCCCAAAGCUAUCAGGCGCUGGAGCGCGAGCCAUGCACCAGCGCCGCGUCGCUACGAACGGAGCCCUCGACCGCAAGGAGAGAAGCACCAGCCCGGAAAGCGAGGACGGCUACAUCUACGAGACCUACAUCCUCGCGCCCACCACCGACACCUCCACCCCAGACAUCGACAUGACUGACGUCUCCUCCUCGGAGAACAUCGGCUAUCUAGUAGUCGAAGACUCAGACCAACCCCUCUGGCAAACCUACCUCCAAGACGAACCCAGCAGCGAAGAAGACGACAGCGACGACGAAGACGAAAACGCGGAAGACUACUAUGGCGCCGACUACCCCGAAGACGAAGUGGAGUCGGACGACGAGUUCGAGCGGAAUCCGUACCGGUAUCGGAAGCGCGGUGGGGCGGAUGACGAGGAGUGGGAUGAGGAUACGGGGGAGUAUAGUGAGGAUGAGGAUGUGUAUGAGAGGAUGAUGAAUCCGUUUGGGGGGAAUAAGGUGCCGAAGGGGUUGGCGAGGUACAUGAGGGGCGAGAGUGGAAGUGGGGAUGAGGACGAUAGUGAUUGA